AUGGAUAUAGGCUGUGUUCCAGCAUUUUCAAAUGAAAAGAUUGCUGUUCCGUUGAUGAAUGAAUAUGAGCAUGGUCAAUUAGAUAAUUUAAAAAUUAUUGAGAAUAAUGGAGUUGAAGCAAAUAAUGGCAAUGACACUGAAAAUAAUAAUGACAAAGGAUUUUUAAAAUGUUUAUUGUGUCGUCAUAAAUUAACUCUCAACAAACGAGGUGUUCUUGGUCAUAUUAAUGGAAUGAGCCAUAGAAGAAACCUUAGCGAAUUUCUAGAAAUUCGUCACUAUUGCAGCGUAUGUAGACUAUUUAUACAGGACUUCAAUUUGCAUAAAAUCUCAUCAAAUCAUAUUUCUAAUAUUCCAGAUUAUAAUGAUGACUUUAAUAAAGAUAAUCCUCCUACAAUGAAACAUGAAUGCAGUGAGUGCCGCGUUAUAUCAUACUAUCCAGCAGGUACCAACUUUGAACACACACAUUUUGAAUUUGAAUUCUCAAAGGUUAUUACAAAAGGAAAAAUUAGUUCCAAUGAAACAAAUUAUGUUAUUCAAUAA